GGAGGCGGGACUUGUCGAAAUACGGGUAGCGCUGCUGGGGCUUGCGCGGUUAGCAUGAGAGCUAGCUUGCUGGAAUGACGGAUUUGUAAAGAGAGACACAGAAACUUCGCCAUGUCUCACAUUUCUGUGAAUUAUGUGUUGUUAGGCGGACAGUUUUUCUUGCUCGUCUCGGUGCUGCUUUUGCAAUGCCUGGAAGGGAUUCACUCUGAAAACUCCACCACACCCGGAAGCAGAGAGACAACAACAACAACAACAACAACCACAACAACGACAACAACAACAACAACUACAACAACAACAACAGCUGCAUCUACUACAGUCACCGCUCUGUUCACACAGCCAGCUGAAGAAAAUGUCACAUACAAUAACAUCACGACAGCAGAGCCGUUAAAUCACACGGAGCAGUAUGAAUACAGCCCUCCAUCUCCAGUGGUCCUCUGUCGGUACCUUCCUGAGGAGUUUAUAUACUGCAGGGAUCCUGUCGAUCACGAUGGAAACCUCACAGCCUUCCAGGAGCUGGGACACGGCUGCGUCAAGAUUGGAAAUCAAGGUCAGGUGUACAAAGAUGUGAAUCACACACAAGUGCUGUGCACAGCGUUGGACGGCAUCGAGUGUGCCGGGCCUCGAGAAUUCCUCCGAGGGAACGAACCGUGCAUCAAAUACACGGGUCACUACUUCAUCACCACGCUCCUGUACUCGUUCUUCCUGGGCUGCUUCGGCGUGGACCGCUUCUGUCUGGGCCACACGGGCACCGCCGUCGGGAAGCUCCUCACCCUCGGAGGCCUGGGAAUCUGGUGGUUUGUGGAUCUCAUCCUCCUCAUAACCGGAGGACUGACGCCCAGCGACGGCAGCAACUGGUGCACGUUCUACUGAUCGCAGACGUUUCUACCCGCAAGCGCGCAUCUGUUGAUCCCUUUAUCAUGGUACUGUAUUAAGAACGACAUAUAGGCACGUGUCGUAAAUGCAGCCUAGUUUGUGGCGAUAUUAUAAAAUAUAUAUAUAUAAUAAUUAUUAUUAUAAUAAUUAUUAUAAAUAUAUAAUGUUGGAAUUACUGGCUGCAGUUCUAGAGGAAUAUGACAGAUUCUUUUAAAAUAUUCAUUAAAUGUGCUGAAUGAAAUGUGUAAGAUACUGCUUUGUUUUGUACAGUGUAAAGAUUUGAAGUAGUUUUUUUGUUGUAGAUAAAAUGUCAUUCACUGUGUACAUGUUUGAAUAAAGGCACAAACGUUAGUACAUUACAUAAGUAUUCACCCCUUUGAACUUUCCCACAUUUCCCACAUACUUAUAUAAGUAAAUGGGAUUAUAUGUAAUGAAUCGAAAGGGGGUGAAUACUUAUGCAAGGCACCGAAAAAAAAAAAAAAAGUUCUGUUCCGCAUUUUGACCUUUACAACAAAUUCAUACAUGUUCAAUCAAGACAGUGCAGCUGUUUGGUCCAUUUCAGUGCUUGGCCUUUGUAAAGAAAUCAUCUACUCUUCUUUUUAUUUUCCUUCCACGUACAAUCUGCCGUUGUCACACUUCAUGUGAAUUGUUUGAUAAAAUGCCAAGAUUUGCAUAGUAAAGCUUACAGCGAUGAAAAUGUCAGUCAAAUCCGCUUUUAUCAUAUUGCAGAUCAAGUACCAACAAAGCACUGGAGAUGCAGCGCACGAAAAACAUUCGCUCAUCCUUCCUGAGAAAUACUCAAAACAUGCAAUGAAAAAAAAAAUCACUUCCUUUCAACAAAAACCCUUUGAUUUUAUUUCAAUAUAAUAUAAUGUUAUUUUAAUGGGGAUUUUUUGAAAGCUUUGCACUCCACGUCCCUGCUUUCUAGCAUGUCAAGAGCCCAGUAAUUCAAUAAAUUAUAACUCUUUUGUUUA